CUUACAUUGUUUGGGAAUCUAUCUAUUUGUCUGAGUGAGCUUGUGUGUGUAUUUUAAAGAAAGAAAGAGAUCAGAAUAAGAGUAAAUAUGGGAAAAUUCGUGAGAAGGGGUUGGGUAGUGGCGUGUGUGGUGGUGUUGUUGUUGUCGACGCAAGUCUUGGGAAAAUUGUCAGGUACUGGUCAUGAUAUUGCCAGAAGCCGACGUCAUAAACAUGGAAGAGGAAGUGUUGGUGUUGGUGCAGGUGCCGGAGGUGGUGCUAGCGGUGGCAUUGGAGUCGGAGGUGGAGGAGGUGGAGGAGGAGGUAUAGGCGGUAGUGGUGGUGUUGGAGCUGGGGGAGGAGUUGGUGGUGGAGCAGGCGGUGCCAUUGGAGGUGGUGCAUCAGGAGGAGCUGGUGGAGGUGGAAAAGGCCGUGGCCGUAAAGGUGGUGGCGGAGCUGGAGGAGGAGUUGGUGGUGGUGUAGGAGCCGGAGGAGGAGCUGGUGGAAGCGUAGGAGCCGGGGGAGGAAUUGGUGGUGGGGCAGGCGGUGCCAUUGGAGGUGGUGCAUCAGGAGGAGUUGGUGGAGGUGGAAAAGGCCGUGGCGGUAAAAGUGGUGGUGGAGCUGGAGGAGGAGUUGGUGGUGGUGUAGGAGCCGGAGGAGGAGCUGGUGGAAGCGUAGGAGCCGGAGGAGGAAUUGGUAGUGGUGGUGGUGGCACUGUUGGUGCCGGAGGACGUGGUAGUGGCGGAGCUAGUGGUGGUGGUGGCACUGUUGGUGCCGGAGGACGUGGUAGUGGCGGAGCUAGUGGUGGUGUUGGCGUUGGAGGAGGAGCUGGUGGAAGUGGAGGUGGUAGUGUUGGUGGAGGGGGACGUGGUAGUGGUGGAGUUGGAGCCAGUGGCGGAGCUGGCGGUAAUGUUGGAGCGGGAGGAGGUUUAGGAGGCGGUGUUGGUGGUGGUGUAGGAGGUGGAGUCGGCGGAAGUGUGGGUGGUGCUGUUGGAGGAGCAGUUGGUGGCGCUGUUGGAGGAGGUGGAGGCGGCAGUGUUGGUGGAGGGGGACGUGGUAGUGGUGGAGCUAGUGGCGGAGCUAGUGGUGGAGCUAGUGGCGGAGCUGGCGGUAGUGUUGGAGCGGGAGGAGGUGUAGGAGGCGGUGUUGGUGGUGGUGUAGGAGGUGGAGUCGGCGGAGGUGUGGGUGGUGCUGUUGGAGGAGCCGUUGGUGGCGCUGUUGGCGGAGGUGGAGGCGGCAGUGUUGGUGGAGGAGGACGUGGUAGUGGCGGAGCUAGUGGUGGAGCUAGUGGCGGAGCUAGUGGUGGAGCUAGUGGUGGAGCUAGUGGUGGAGCUAGUGGCGGAGUUGGAGGCGCUGGGGGAGCUGGUGGUAGUGUUGGAGCGGGAGGCGGUGUUGGUGGUGGUGUAGGAGGUGGAGUCGGCGGAGGUGUGGGUGGUGCUGUUGGAGGAGCCGUUGGUGGCGCUGUUGGAGGAGGUGGAGGCGGCAGUGUUGGUGGAGGGGGACGUGGUAGUGGUGGAGCUGGUGGCGGAACUGGUGGUAGUGUUGGAGCGGGAGGAGGUGUAGGAGUUGGUGGAGGAGGGGGUAUAGGAGGCGGUGCUGGGGGUGGUGUAGGAGGUGGAGUCGGCGGAGGUGUUGGUGGUGGUGUUAGAGGAGCCGUUGGUGGUGCAGUUGGCGGAGGUGUUGGUGGAGCGGGACGUGGUAGUGGUGGAGCUAGUGGCGGAGCAGGAGCCGGAGGAGGAGCUGGUGGGGGUGUUGGAGGCGGAGCAAAUGUUGGUGUAGGAGUUGGAGCCGGGGGUAGUACAGGAGGAGGAGCUGCUGGUGGCGGUGGCGUGGGAAACCGACGACGCUAAAUAUAAAACGGCAGUGUGUACUGUUAACAAUUUAGUGCUCCAUGCACGUUGCCUCUUUAUAGUGACUUGCAUGCACACUCGUUGCUAUAACUUUUAUCAUAUUUUCCUUGUACUAGUAUAUAAUAAUGAAUAAAACUAUUUCCAUAGAUUG